GAUGAAGGCAAUCCAGAACGUUCUCUUCUUUACUCUACUAUCUUUCUGCACAAUAAAAGCUCAGGUUAUCGACUUAACUGGCUGUGGUAAAACAAAAGGUUGCCUAUUAGAACCAAAUUCUUGUAACAGUGAAACAUCUUGUAGAAAGAUAAUAACUUGGAAGGAUAAUGGUAACUUUAUCAAUUUUGAAAUGAUGGGUAAGAAACCCUACGUUGCCAUCGGCUUUUCAAAUGAUAAAUUAAUGGCAAAGACUUCAAUUAUCGCUUGCGUCUAUCAAAUUCCGGACUAUCACAAUGAAACUGUUCAAAUGUACUACGCUAUUGGAACUGGUAGGUUUAACGUAAAAUCUAAGCCAAUUAUUGGUGCUGUUGUCUCGAGAUACUUCGAAGGAACAAAAGACUUAUAUCGAUGUCGAUUUUCAAGAAUUAAAACUCACAAUGACGAAGAAAUCUUUAAUUUAAACAAAGGUAACGAAUACUAUCUACUAACGGCUGGAGGAAACACGAGAUAUAGAAGAAUUAGAGAUCAUCAUGAAGAUAAAUCGGCAACUGCAAAGAAAUUCGAUUUGACUAAGCACGAAAGAAAUUCUGGAAUGAUUUUACAGGGUAGCGGUAUCUUAUCAGCUAACCACGCUAGUAAUAUUAACUUUACCGAAUGUGGGGUCACUAAAGGAUGCUACAAAUGGCCUUCCAAUUGUUUGAAUGAACUUUCAUGCCAACAGAUCGUUACAUGGAAAGAUAAAGGAGAUUCUGUUGAAUUUGAAAUGUUGGGACAAGACGACUAUUUCGCUAUUGGAUUCUCACAUGAUAGAAAAAUGACCAAUACAUCUAUUAUAGCUUGUGCAAGACAUAGUAGAAGAGUUUACGUUGAACUCUAUUUUGCUAAGGAUAAGAAAGGUGUUCAAAAGAAACCAUCUGCUGGAUUAAGAAUUCAACAAGUAAUAAGUGUUGGAGGAUCAGUAAUAUGUAAAUUCACUAGAUUAAAAGACUACUCAGAUCCAGAGAUUUUCAAUAUAAGCAACGGUAAUAGAUAUCAUUUACUUACCGCUUCGGGUUCAACUUCUAGUAAACAACUUCGACAUCAUGAAGAUGAUAAAACAGCUAGUUACGAGAUGUUCGAUUUUACUCAACCAUCAUUUUCCGAGAAUCGUCAAAUUAACCUGAAUGAAUGCGAUAAAUCCAAAAGAUGCUUUCGACAACCUCAUAGCUGCACUGAUGAACUUACUUGUGAUAAAAUAAUCACUUGGAAAGAUCACGAAGACUCUGUUGAAUUUGAAUUGUUUGGUAAAAAAGAAUUUAUAGCUAUUGGCUUCUCCAGAGAUAGAAUGAUGACAGAUUCUUCAAUAUUGGCAUGUUCAAAGAGGAAAGGUCAUGCUGAAAUUCAAAUGUACUAUGCUAGUGGAACGUCUUUAUGGGACAUUGAAUUUAAACCACUAAGAGGAGUGGAGGCUCUUCGUAAAGAUGUCGAAUCGAACAUGAUAAGAUGUAAAUUUCGAAGAAAAAAAACCUACGAAGAUGAUCAAGAUAUAUUUGAUUUAAGAGCUGGAAACAAAUAUUUUCUACUAGUUGCGGCUGGUUUCGUCAGCUAUGACGGUCAGAUAGAUGAUCAUGAAAAGGACCGACUAGCGACUCUAACCAAAUACGACUUUAGCGAGAAAAUUCAAACUACUACUGCUACUACAGCUGUUGCUGAUGCUACUACUACUACUACCACUACUACCACUACUACUACUACUAUUACUACUAAUGCCGGUGAUGAUGCUACUACCGCUACUACUACCGUUGAUGAUACUGAGACUACUGCAGCUUUUUCAACGAAACCUACUACUACUACUACUACAACUACUACUAGUUAUACUACUGCUGCUUCUACUAAUUGUAAUUGUAAUACUAAUGCCAUCACUACGAUUCAAUCUGAACAGAGUACUGAGGGUGAAACUUCUAGGAGGACGGAUAGAGUUACAACUGCUAGCUCUUCCCCUUCUACAAGAACAACUAGUAAGCCCGGUAUACCAAUAUCCCUAAACAACUGCAAUAUGGAAAAAGGUUGUUUUAGGAGUCCCACCUCUUGCCGAGACGAGUCGUCUUGUAGUAAGAUAAUCACUUGGAAGGAAAGAGGUGACGAAAUUGAAUUUGAAAUGAUGGGUAAAAAGAGCUACAUUGCUGUUGGAUUCUCAUCAACUGGAAGAAUGAGAAAUAGUUCUAUAAUAUCUUGUACUAAGCUGUUAAAUGGAAACGUAGAGGUUCAAAUGUACUACAGUAACGGAAAUAGAAGAGAAAAUGUUAAACGGAAGCAUAGUGGUGGUAUAACCGUUGGAAGUCUUGAAAAUGAAAAUUCAGUUGUUCGUUGUCGUUUUUCGAGGAAGAAACAAAUGGACGACGAAGAGAUUUACGAUUUAAGUUCUGGAAAAUCUUACUAUAUAUUAUUGGCAGCUGGCCCUACAGCUAAUAACGCUAUAGACGAUCAUCGAUACGAUAAGCUAGCAUCCACUCAUAAAGUCGACUUAACACAUCAUAUAUCUGCAACCUCUUCUGCGUCAGCAAUAAAUAUUCCCAUAGAUAAUCGAAAACUAAAAGAAAUUGAUCUGAUAGAGUGCGGUAGGGUUAAAGGAUGCUAUAGGAAACCUUAUAAUUGCUACAAUGACAAGACUUGCGAUAUUGUUAUUACUUGGAAGGAUUUAAGAGAAAGAACUAUGUUCGAAAUGUCUGGCAGAAACGAAUAUGUAGCCUUUGGCCUCUCGUACGACCAGAAUAAGGACCAUAGCUCAAUGAUUGCUUGCGUAAAUCAACCGAAUGGAAGACCUUGGGUUAGGAUGUAUUACGCUCAAUCGGAUAUGGAUAGGCCAAGAUCAAAGAGGUUGUCUGGUAUCAAUGAUAUGGAAACAGCAAGGGAAUCAUUAACAGUCAGGUGUCGUUUCACUAGGAAUAAAGAAUAUAAAGAUAAAGAGGUAUUUAAUAUUGGUCCCGGAUUAAACUAUUACCUUUUACUGGCUAGUGGAAUGUCGAAAGAAGGAGAUAUAACGAAUCACGGCGAAAACAAGACUUUUACAAUUGAAAAAGUUGAUUUUACGAAGCAUUUAGAUAUAAGAUACUACGAAAACAAGAAUGCUUCUUCGAAAAGCUUCUUUCAAGCGUCGAUUUUAUGGGUAAUCUUUUCCUUCGCUUUUGCGUUAAUUAUUUCCGGUUGA